GGUAUCUAGAACGAGUAAUUUUAUGGUGUUCGGAGUGCUUGUUCACCAAGCAUUUCUUGACUCCGCGGCAAAACUACACAAGUAGAGAAGGAAUGAGUUUUCUCGCAGGCCGAUUAGCCGGCAAAGAGGGCUCCUAUUUCCUGCAAGAAUCCAAGCAAGCUGUCACUAAACUCCGCGAGAAGCAGAGGAAUUCCGCUGCUACCAACCUCAUCACACCGAUUGCCGAUUCUUCAUCGCCGGCCGAUGUUCUGCCCGAGGUUUUGCGGCACAAUCUCCCUUCCAAGAUUUUCAGCUCCGACUCGGCCAAUUCGGGCUCUUCUUUAUCCACGGCCUCCAAAUGGGCCCUGAAGCCCGACCCGAAAAGCGGCGGCGUGUCGGUGUCGGCCGAUGCUCUGAAUCCCCUCAGGGGUUACGUUUCUCUGCCGCAGGUCACAUUUGGACCUAAAAGGUGGCAGAUUCCCAAUUCGGAGGGCGCUGUUGUAGCCUCGACUGCAAAUGAUUUGCGGCAAGACAAGUAUGCCCCUAUCAACCCGGAGAAGUUGAAGGCUGCUGCAGCAGGGCUAACUCAAAUUGGGUCUGCAUUUGCUGUUGCAACGGCUAUUGUCUUUGGUGGUGCUGCCUUGAUCUUUGGGCUGGCAGCAUCAAGGCUCCAGGUGCACAACAUGAAUGACAUUAGGGAUAGAGGAAAGGAUUUAAUUCAACCGAGAUUCGAGACGUUGAAAGAGCGGUUGGCGCCUCUAAGGAAUUGGGCUGAGGAAGUAUCAAAGAAAUGGCAUUUGGAAGAGGAAGGAAAUUUGAAAGAAAGUCCUCUCUUUAAGGAGCUUUCAAGAACAUUGGGUGCCAAAUCUUGAAUGUCUUCUUCUCUUUAUAUUUUUGUUUGUUUGUUGUAUUUGUCGCGUUUGUACGGUACCCGGAAGGUAGUAGUAUUGAGAUAUGAACUCGCGAUAUGCUAGUCAUGAAAUCGUUUCUCUACCGAAUUGGAGUUUGUGAUUGUUAUA